AAACCGACCCCACCGCCGCGACCACCACAACCACCCUUUCAAAAAAGGCUUCAUUGUGCCCUCUUUCUCUUCAUUUCAAAUUCUUUCUUUUUCUUGAUCCAAGAAUUUGCUUUCAGUCCACGCCUCCGUAAAUCAGCUGUGCACGCUCGCCGCCGCCGUUAUCGCCUGAACGGUAGCGAUUUUCUUUCUUGGGGUUCCGUCGGAUUUUCUUGAUCUUGAUUUCUCCGUAGCGAUUUUGCAAUUGAAGUCCAUCGAUGGCUUACAGGGAUGACGACUUUCAGAACCCUAAGGCCAAGGGUUCUCCGCAUCUCAAUCGGUCCGUGACGGUACAUCACGGCGGCGGAUCGGCCGCCGUGAAACCCUCCGUCGAACGGACGGGGUCUUUCAGGCAGCCGUUUCAGGGAUCGUCCGAUUUAGAAACCCUGGUCACCGUCGCCGGGAAUUCAUUGAAGGGUAAGGUGAAAAAGCUGUGUUCUUUAUUCGAGAACAAGAGGAACCCUCGCCUGAGCUCUCCUCCCUCUCCACCUCCGGCCGUGAAGUCAAAAAGCUCAGAUUGGUUGCCGGGGACGGAGGACAGGGUGGUAAUUUACUUCACAAGUCUCCGGGGAAUCCGGAGGACAUUCGACGAUUGUUACAGGGUCAGGAUGAUCCUCAAGAGCUACAGAGUGAAUCUGGAUGAGAGGGACAUAUCCAUGGACAUUGCUUACAAGAAGGAAUUGCAGAGUGUGAUUGGGGAGAAGAAUUUGACACUCCCUCAGGUUUUCAUCAAAGGGAAGCGCAUUGGGGGCGCCGAAGCCAUAAAGCAAUUGAAUGAGGCCGGAGAGUUGGUCAAAUUGCUUAGAGGGCUUCCCCUUCGCCCUCCCGGAUACGUCUGUGAGGGCUGCGGGGACGCAAGAUUCAUUCCUUGCUCCAAUUGCAAUGGGAGUAGGAAACUGUUUGAUGAGAAAGAGGGGCAGUUAAGGAAGUGUUCGGAGUGCAAUGAGAACGGUCUGGUUCGGUGUCCUCUCUGCUGCCAUUGAUGAUCAUGUUUCGUUAUACAUUAUGGCGUACCGGUUCGUUUUCUUUUUUUUUUUUUUUCAUCCUGUUUUGGUAUGGUUAUAAUUGAAUAGCCUUUGCAUCAUCAGUGAUUAUUGUGGUAUGGUUAUAUGCCAAUAUAAUGUACAUAUUGCUUUGUGGGUGACAACUUGUUGUUAAGUGCCACUUAUAUGUGGGAGUGGCACUUUGGUCUAUAAGGGUUAUAAAGGAUGCUGUUUGCUUCUGCUGCUUAUCCUCUGCAGCUUAUAUAGAUGAUGAAAGGCUGUUCAAGAAAGAAAAAUAAUAAAGAAAGGGUUUUAAA